AUGGCAUAUCCUAUGUAUGAAGUUGAUUGGAGUGUAUUGCCGCCAGAACAAAACAGAAGGUUCAACCCGGCAUUUAACAUUGCCACUAUUAAACAAGUGGUAAAUGAGGCUAUAGAAAGAGUUGCGCCGGUUUCAGUACGGAUGCCGACACCGACGCGACUUCGCGACCUUAUCAGGCAGAUUAGGGCGGCCAGGACCGCGGCCGAAGAAAGGAGCGUCGUCAACAAGGAAUGCGCGUACAUACGGUCUACCUUCAGAGAAGAGGACAGUGUUUGGAGAUGUCGAAACAUAGCGAAACUCCUGUACAUCCACAUGCUGGGUUACCCAGCUCACUUCGGACAGUUGGAGUGCCUGAAACUGAUUGCCAGCCCUCGGUUCACGGACAAACGAGUGGGGUACCUCGGCGCCAUGCUGCUGUUGGAUGAGCGGCAAGAUGUACAUCUCCUCAUCACUAAUUGUUUGAAAAAUGACCUGAACAGCAACACUCAGUUCGUUGUUGGCCUAGCGCUUUGUACCUUGGGGGCCAUAGCGUCUCCUGAAAUGGCAAGAGACCUGGCUUCAGAAGUGGAACGCCUCAUCAAGUCUCCAAAUGCAUACAUUAAGAAGAAGGCGGCUUUGUGCGCUUUCCGUAUCAUCAGAAGAGUCCCUGAUCUUAUGGAGAUGUUCCUUCCUGCUACCAGAAGCCUAUUGACGGAGAAGAAUCAUGGUGUCCUGAUUACUGGAGUCACGCUCAUCACGGAAAUGUGUGAGAAUAGCCCCGAUACCCUCAACCACUUCAAGAAGAUCGUACCGAAUCUGGUGAGGAUAUUGAAAAACCUCAUUUUGGCUGGAUAUUCACCGGAGCAUGACGUCAGUGGAGUUUCAGACCCGUUCUUACAGGUUAAAAUCCUCCGCCUUCUACGGAUACUAGGCAAAAACGACGCCGAAGCAUCCGAAGCUAUGAACGACAUACUAGCCCAAGUUGCCACAAACACGGAAACCAGCAAGAACGUUGGCAACACCAUUCUCUACGAGACUGUGCUCUCCAUUAUGGACAUCAAAUCCGAGAGUAGUCUCAGAGUGCUAGCCAUCAACAUACUGGGCAGAUUUCUACUGAAUAAUGACAAAAAUAUCCGCUACGUGGCGCUCAAUACGCUUUUGAGGACCGUGCACGUUGAUACAUCGGCUGUUCAAAGACAUAGGACUACUAUUUUGGAGUGCUUGAAGGACCCAGACGUAUCAAUCCGCCGGCGUGCGAUGGAGCUAUCGUUCGCUUUGAUCAACGGCCAGAACAUUCGUUCUAUGAUGAAGGAGCUGCUGACCUUCUUGGAGAGAUCUGACGCGGAGUUCAAAGCUCACUGCUCCAGUGCCAUGGUGUUAGCUGCUGAGAGAUACGCGCCUUCGAACAAAUGGCAUCUUGAUACUUUGUUCAGAGUUUUGCUUAAGGCGGGCAACUACCUCCGCGACGACACGGUGUCGAGCACGCUGCAGAUAGUGUCGUCGGCGGCGCCCGAGCGACAGGCCUACGCCGCCAUGCGACUCUGGACCUCGCUCGAACGCUCCGCCGUCUCCGGCGACGCUACUGAGAAGCAACCGCUUGUACAGGUGGCGGCGUGGACUAUUGGUGAAUACGGUGACCUGCUGGUGUCUGAGGCCAGUAACGCAAUCUCUAUGGUCGACGAGGACGGCGUCGAUGACUUCGUGCGUCCGUCGGAGGAGUACGUGAUAGACAUAUACCAGAAGUUGCUGUGGUCGACGCAGCUCUCCAUCAACACCAAGGAGUAUCUGCUACUGUCGCUCGCCAAGCUGUCCACGCGGUUCACCACGCAGCCUAGCCAGGAUAAAAUUCGAGUGAUCAUCGACACGUUCGGAUCUCACAUCCACAUUGAAUUGCAACAGAGAGGAGUGGAGUUAUCCCAAUUAUACAGGAAGUACGCGCACUUACGGCCGGCGCUACUGGAGCGCAUGCCCGCGAUGGAGGCGCCCGGCGGACACGCGCCAGACGACGCCGACAACGACGCGCUGUCUGACGUCAGCCCCGACCACAAACCCGAUCAUGUCAACAAUGACGCACUACUAGACCUGAUUAUUGGGUCGGACCCCCUGACGAACGGAGACGUGGAGCACAAACCCUCGCAGCCACCAGCCAGCAACAAUAACACCAGCAGCAAUGAUAUCCUAGACCUGCUGAGCGGACUAGACCUGACUCCGACGGCACCGGCCAGCGUGAUGAACAACAACGUGACGUCCCCAGGCCUCACGUCAGGCCUCGGUACCGGCCUCACGCCAGGACUCACGUCCGCCGCGCCGCCCGCGUCCUUACUACUCGACGGACUGUUCGCUGCGCCCAUGCAAACACCUACCAUGCAAGAUCUACCGACAGUGACGGCUCUAGAGAAGAACGGUCUCCGCAUAGUGUUCGGAGUGCAGCGCGGCGGAGACUCCGUGACGCUGACGAUGAGAGCUCAGUCGUCCUCGCCUUCCACUCUCACAGACUUCCUGUUCCAGGCCGCCGUACCUAGGACAUUCCAGCUAGACAUGAUGUCACCUUCCGGCACAGUACUGCCGCCGCAGGGUGAAAUUACUCAAGUACUCAAAAUCACUAAUCCAUCCAGGAGCGCCCUUCGACUAAGAAUACGAGUAUCAUACAACGUGGACGGCGUCCCAGUGUUAGAGCAGGCAGAAGUGAACAGCUUCCCCCCGGACCUGUUCAACUGA